AAUUAAAUACGACAAAGGCAAGCAGUUUUAUCUGAGAAGCCACGGAAAGAGGAAGAAGAAGAAGAUGGGAGGAGAUCGAAAGAUCGGGGUAGCCUUGGACUUCUCGAAGGGCAGCAUUAGGGCACUUCAAUGGGGGGUCGACAACCUCCUGGACGAAGGAGAUACUCUUUUCAUCGUCCAUGUCCAACCAUCCAAGUCCGAUGAGUCCAAAAACAGCGCCGGCUCCCGAUCCGGAUCUCCUCUGAUACCACUAUCAGAGUUUCGGGAACCUGAGUUCAUGAAGAAAUAUGGUGUGCAAUCCAACAUUGAAGUGCUCGAUUUGCUCGACACUGCUUCGAGGCAGAAACAGGCCAACAUCGUGCUCAAGAUUUACUGGGGGGACGCAAGGGAGAAGCUAUGCGAGGCCGUUGAGGAUCUGAAGCUGGACUCGCUGAUCAUGGGAAGCAGGGGCCAUAGCCUGAUUCAGAGGAUUUUUCUGGGCAGCGUGUCGAACUAUGUUUUGUCAAUUGCAUCAUGCCCUGUGACGAUCGUGAAGGAUCCGGACUUCAAACAUUGACUGUUCUGCUUCUAUGAGUUCAGUGAUGAGACAGACAUCUUUGAAUGUUUUGGCUUUUGUAAUAAGAAGAAAUAGACGAGAAGAGGAUUUGAUGUUUUAUAACUUUUACUUGUAGUGAGUGAGACUUUCUUUGCCUUCGGUUGUUUCUCUUUCUCCGCUCGUCAUGAAUGCCAAUCCUACCAUACAGAGCUUUCUUGCUGUUUU